GCUCCAGUGAAAGAAGUGCCAGCCUCUCCAGCCUUGCCUUAUAACUCAAACCUUCCAUUCCUGACAACGUCCUGGGGAAUCUCUUCUGAACCCUCUCCAGUUGGGUAAUAUUCUUGCUGCAACUGGACACAGUAUUCCAGAUGAGGCGUCACCAAUGUCCUAUAAAACAUCACAUAAAGUCCCAAAUUCUACGCUCAACGGACUGAGCAAUGAAGCAAACCUAAUGACCAUCGUGGUUUUGUCCCGGGGAAAUUGUGGCAUCUCCCGAUGUACUGGUCGGUAUCUGGUGUCCAUGACAGUUGCAGAUUUGCUUGUUAUCAUCUUCUGUGUGAUCUUGAACCAUCUCGGAUCUCUCCACCUUCCCAUCUCCUUCCUCAAGCACUACCACGUCUGCAGUCUGAACAGCAUCACGAAUGCAGCAGUGGUGGACAGCUCAGUCUGGCUCACUGUCGCCUUCACCCUUGAUCGCUUCAUCGCUGUCUGUUGUCCGAAGUGGAAGGUGCGAUACUGCACAGAGAGAACGGCAGCCUGGGUAAUCCUGACAAUCUGCACAGUGAGCUACCUGAGAAACAUCCCGCGCUACUUCACCUAUGAACCUGAUCCCACCCGUGGACCAUUCCCACUCUGCCGCCUCCGUAAUCUGUGUACCAAAACUCCUUGGGCAGCCUAUCUGUGGUCGGCCACCAUCUUUACACCCCUCAUUCCCUACGUAUCCAUCUUACUCCUGAAUGUCCUGACUGUCAGGCACAUCCUGGUGGUCAGUCGUGUCCGUAAGACAUUCCGGAGUCAAGGCCACAAUGGAAAAGAUGGAGAUCCAGAGAUGGAGAGUCGAAGAAGAUCCAUCAUCCUGCUCUUUGCCAUAUCAGGAAACUUCAUCGUGUUGUGGAUGACCAGGGUGGUGGACUUUGUGUUCCAGGAAAUGUUGCUGAACUUGAGCUCAAUGAGCAUAGUUACCCAUGUCGGGGAGAUGCUGAUGUAUCUGAGCUCUUGCACCAACACCUGCAUUUACACACUCACCCAGGCAAAGUUCAGGGGGGAGAUUCUGGACUCAAUAUCAAACUCAUAAAUUUUAGGGCCUGCGUACCUUCUCCCAUGUCCUU